AUGACGGUCUUCAUUGCGUCCCUCUUUCUUCCUAAAACCAUCCAUUUCACACUCCCGGGCACCCCUCCGCGGGGUGCUCCAUCCGAGAAGAAGCAGCCCGCGGGUGCCAGGCCGCCGCUGCCCGAUAAACAGCCAAGUUUGUUCGAGCCCAAAAACAUAACUCCCCCUCAGACUCCGACCGAAGACAAGAAGCGGGUUGAUCCGUUUACGAAUGAGGAUGGCAUACGGAUACAGCUGCCGCCGCUUGCAACUGCGGGCACUGACGGCUUCCGCGCGCCGACCGACCGAAGCUCUCCGACAUGGGGCGGCCGCCCUGAUCAACCAAUGUCAAGAGCGAACUCGCCUCCCCCGCCCUCCCUGACGGACAACGCACGGAAUCUCCAUCAGAAGGCAAAGGAAUUAGGGCGUCAGGGGAUUACGCAGCCAAGCAUUCUCGCUAGAAGCGAUAGCCAUGACCGCGUUUUUGCACAUGCGAACUGGAAGGUUGUCAACGCCGACCAGGGAAAUGGAGGCCUUCGCAAUGCCGCUGAAGCUGCAGCCAGAGAGGGCAAGCUGGGAGAAUACACGUGGGUCGGCACUCUCGGCAUGCCAACCGAUGCUUUGCAAGGCACCCAGCAGCUCCAGGAUAUUGAAGACAGGCUAGCCACGGAGCACGACAUGUUGACCGUUUUCUGCUCCGACAAGGACUUUGACGGCCACUAUUCGCACUUUUGCAAGCAGAUCCUCUGGCCAGUAUUUCAUUAUCAGAUCCCCGAUAACCCAAAGAGCAAGGCGUACGAAGACCACUCGUGGAAGUACUACGUGAAUGUCAACCAGGCAUUUGCUGAUAAGAUCGUGAAAAAUUGGAAGAGGGGCGAUGUCAUCUGGGUGCAUGACUACCACCUGCUGCUCGUGCCUGGCAUGGUACGCAAGAAGCUUCCCGACGCCAAGAUCGGCUUCUUUCUCCAUGUCGCCUUCCCUUCGUCAGAGGUGUUCAGGUGCCUGGCCGUGCGGAAGCAGCUCCUGGAGGGUAUGCUUGGCGCGAACUUGAUUGGCUUCCAGAUCCACGAAUACACCAGGCAUUUCCUUCAGACGUGCAGUCGAAUUCUAAGCGCCGAAGCCACCCCCGACGGUCUGCAACUGGAGGAUCGUUUCGUCGACGUGGUCAAUCUGCCUAUCGGUAUCGACCCUGUGAGCUUGAGCCAACACCGUGAAGAGGACGAGGUGAAAAGAUGGUUGAACAUCAUGCGCGAGCGAUACGCCGGCAAGAAGCUCAUUGUCGCCCGGGACAAACUUGAUCAUGUGCGCGGCGUCAGACAGAAACUCCUCUCUUACGAGCUCUUCCUGAACAAGAACCCCCAAUGGCGAGACAACAUCGUCUUGAUCCAGGUUGCGCUGUCGACGAGCGAAAAGAGUGAGCUAGAUGCCACAGUCUCGGAUAUCGUCACUCGCGUCAACUCAUCCUGGGCGAACCUUGCCUACCAGCCCGUUGUCUAUCUUAAGCAGGAUAUCGACUAUGCCCAGUAUCUAGCUCUGCUGAGCAUUGCAGAUGCCUUGAUGAUCACGAGCCAACGCGAGGGCAUGAACCUGACAUCACAUGAGUACCUGUAUUGCCAGGACGGCAAGAUCAGCGAGAAAAAGCACGGCUCUCUCAUUUUAAGCGAGUUUACGGGCACUUCAUCUCUCUUUGGAGGGAACGAGCUUUCAGUCAAUCCUUGGGACUACAGGGCUUGUGCCGAUGCCAUCAAGAAAGCCCUCGAGAUGAGCGACGAGGAAAAGGAGCAGAGAUGGACAAGACUGUACGAGGCUGUCAACCACCACACCGGCUCGCACUGGUUCACAGAAUUCAUGUCCCGCCUGGAUCGUGUCUACGAAGAACAGCAUCGCCGCGAUCAGACUUCUGUCCCACGGCUCUCGAUGAGUACCCUCAUCCAGCAGUACAAGAGGUCUGAAAGGAGACUCUUCAUUCUCGAUUUCGAAGGCACGUUGGUCAGUUGGGGGCCGGUCAACCAGAUCAUUCCAGUUAGCCCACAGCGUACCCUCGAUAUCUUGAACGAUCUGCUUAUUGACGAUCGGAACACGAUUUACGUCAUGUCUGGUCGUCGGCCUGAAGAGCUUGACCGUUUAUUCCGCCGUGUGCCCAACCUUGGCCUCAUUGCCGAGAACGGUUGCUUCCUCAAGGACUGCGGGAGCGAGGAUUGGACGGAGAUGGCCGACUCAGAGCAGAUCCGCUCAUGGAAGGAGUCGGUGAAGAAUAUCCUGACCUACUACUUGGAGCGCACGCCAGGCGCCGAGAUUGAAGACCGCCGAUGCUCCCUUAUCUUCCACUACAAGUCGGCCGAGGACUACGAAGCAGCCAUGCGACAGGCGACAGACUGUGCCAGCCAUAUCAACGAUGCAUGCGAGGAGCAACGUGUUCAUGCUAUUCCCCUGGACGGUUGUGUGCUUGUCGAGCCGCUAGAUUGGACCAAGAGCACCGCGGCGCAGAGAGUUUUUGCCAAUCUCCGAGAGCAUAUGGAGCCGGACGAGCAGCACAAGUCUCCGGUCGACUUUCUCAUGGUGGUGGGUGACGGUCGUGAGGAUGAGAAGGUCUUCAAGUGGGCAAACACGCUGGGCGAAGAGAAAGUGGUCAAGGAAGUGGUCACGGUGAGCUUGGGAACGAGGAAUACGGAGGCGACAGCAACCCUGACACAGGGUGUGAGCGGUUCGUAA